AUGAGGACUACUGGUGCAGUGGACUAUUUGUACUAUUGCAUGCUCAUCCUGCAGCUUGUGCAUCAGCCCGCUGCCAAGCAAGUGCUCCGGUACCGUUUGGCUGAGGAGGGACCCGCUGAUGUCAGAGUAGGAAACGUAGCCGCCGACCUGGGCAUUGUUGCCGGGUCCGGCGAGGUGACAUUCACGCUCGAAUCGGGCUCAGAUUUUUUCAAAAUUGACAACAUAACAGGUGAGCUCACCACCAACGAGAGGCGGAUAGACCGUGAAAAAUUACAGCAGUGCCAAAUGAUAUUUGAUGAGAAUGAGUGUUUUAUAGAUUUUGAAGUGUCAGUCAUCGGACCAGCCCAGAGCUGGGUCGACCUCUUUGAGGGAAAAGUCAUCAUAUUAGAUAUAAAUGAUAACACCCCGUCUUUCCCUUCCCCUGUCCUGACACUGUCUGUGGAGGAGAACAGACCCAUUGGAACCCUUUAUCUGCUGCCCACUGCCACAGACAGAGAUUUUGGCAGAAAUGGAAUAGAGAGAUACGAGCUUAUCCAGGACAAUGGGGAGAACUCAAGGCGCCUGGGCUCCUCUGGGGAUUCGUACUCGGGGAAGAGGAGGUUUGAGGAAGGCGCAAGCAGGAGCAGCGUCUUCGAGCUGCAAGUUGCUGACACUACUGAUGGAGAGAAACAGCCUCAACUCAUCAUUAAAGGGGCCCUUGAUAGGGAACAGAGAGACUCCUAUGAGCUCACACUGCGUGUUAGGGAUGGAGGAGAUCCCCCUCGCUCUUCCCAGGCCAUUCUGAGGGUGAUGAUCACUGAUGUGAAUGACAACAGCCCCCGGUUCGAGAAGAGUGUGUAUGAGGCUGACCUACCAGAAAACAGCUCCCCAGGCGCCCCCAUCCUACAGCUCAAAGCGGCCGAUGCAGACGUGGGGGUUAAUGGUCAAAUAGAGUAUGUGUUUGGGGCAGCCACAGAGUCAGUGAGGAGGCUGCUGAGGUUGGAUGAGAGCACAGGGUGGCUGAGUGUGUUGCACCGCAUUGACCGUGAAGAAGUGAGCCAACUGAGGUUCACAGUAAUGGCCCGUGACAGAGGCCAGCCGCCCAAAAUGGACAAGGCCACUGUGGUGUUGAACAUCAAGGACGAGAAUGACAACGUCCCCGCCAUAGAGAUACGGAAAAUUGGACGCAUUUUCUUAAAAGAUGGUAUAGCCAACGUGGCUGAGGAUGUGGUGGUGGACACACCCAUUGCCUUAGUUCAGGUGUCAGACCGUGACCAGGGGGAAAAUGGCAUAGUGACCUGCACAGUGGUAGGGGAUGUUCCCUUUCAGCUCAAACCAGCCAGUGAAAUGGAGGGUGAGCAGAAUAAAAAGAAAUACUUCCUCCACACGUCUGCACCACUGGACUAUGAAGCCACACAGGAAUACAAUGUGGUCAUAGUGGCUGUGGACUCUGGAAGCCCCAGUCUGGCAAGUAAUAACUCUCUUAUCGUCAAAGUGGGCGACACUAAUGACAACCCUCCCAUCUUCAGCCAGAAUGUAGUAGAGGUGUCGUUUCCGGAAAACAAUGCCCCAGGCGAGAGGGUGACAACGGUGGCAGCCAUCGACGCAGAUAGUGGGAAGAACGCUGAAAUAGCCUAUUCCCUUGACUCAUCAGUAAAUGGGAUUUUCUCUAUCGAUGCAGACAGUGGAGACAUCCGAGUAAACAGCAUUCUGGAUAGAGAGCAAACAGAGCGCUACGAAUUCAAAGUGAUAGCCAAAGAUAAGGGCAUAAACACCCUUCAGGGCUCUGCAACAGUGGUUGUCCUUGUGGCCGAUAAGAAUGACAACGAACCAAAGUUCAUGCAGGAUGUGUUCACCUUCUAUGUCAAAGAGAACCUUGAGCCAAACAGCCCAGUUGGCAUGGUUACAGUCAUUGAUGCAGAUAAAGGCCAAAAUGCUGAGAUGAGUCUUUUCAUUGAAGAAGAAGAGGACAUUUUUUCUAUUGAGAACGACACUGGGACUAUUUUCUCCACCCUAUCCUUUGACCGAGAGCAGAAAACCACAUACACCUUCCGAGUCAAAGCUGUGGAUGGCGGUGACCCUCCCAGAUCCGCCACCGCCACGGUUUCACUCUUUGUCAUGGAUGAAAAUGACAAUGCACCAACGGUCACUUUCCCAAUUAACAGCUCCUACACCCUCCUUCCUCCUUCCAGUAACAUCAGAACAGUAGUCAGAACGGUCUUAGCCACCGACACUGACACCGGCAUCAACGCAGACCUGAACUACAGCAUCAUUGGGGGAAACCCCUUCAAGCUGUUUGAGAUUGAUGGUGGCUCCGGCGUCAUUUCGCUGGUGGGGAAGCUGGAGCAGAAGCACUAUGGCCUCCACAGACUGGUGGUCCAGGUGAACGACAGAGGGCAGCCAUCACAGACCACCACCACUCUGGUUCAUGUGUAUGUAAAUGAGACUCUUUCCAAUUCCACAGUCGUGGAGGCCCAGGUGGCUAAGAGCCUGAGCACGUCUCUGAACACCAACAUUGCCGGUGACCCCAACUACGACCUAAGCAAACAGCGGUUAAGCAUUGUCAUCGGAGUAGUUUCGGGCAUCAUGACGGUCAUCCUCAUUAUUCUCGUCGUAGUCAUGGCCCGUUAUUGCCGCCCCAAGAAUAAGAAUGGCUACGAGGCCGGCAAGAAGGAUCACGAAGACUUCUUCACACCACAGCAGCAUGACAAAUCCAAGAAGCCCAAGAAAGAUAAGAAGAAACAGAAGUCCAAACAGCCACUCUAUAGCAGUAUUGUCACUGUAGAGGCCUCCAAACCCAACGGGCAGCGCUAUGACGGCGUCAAUGAGAAGCUGUCGGACAGUCCAGGCAUGGGCCGCUACCGCUCAGUCAACGGAGGGCCCGGGAGUCCAGAUUUGGCCCGGCACUACAAGUCCAGUUCGCCACUCCCCACUGUCCAGCUUCACCCGCAGUCGCCAACAGCUGGAAAAAAGCACCAGGCAGUUCAGGACCUGCCCCCUGCCAAUACCUUUGUUGGCACCGGAGAUAACAUUUCCCUUGGAUCUGACCACUGCUCUGAAUACAGCAGUCAAACUAUCAACAAAUACAACAAACAGGGGCCGUUUCGCCGAGUGACCUUCUCGGUGGUGAGCCAGCCCCAGGACCCUCACCAGCAGGGAUCGCUGCAGAGCUGCUACGACAGCGGCCUGGACGAGUCGGAGACGCCCAGCAGCAAGAGUUCGUCGGGCCCCCGGCUGGGCGCCCUCCCCCUGCCCGAGGACAGCUACGAGAGGACAACGCCGGAUGGCAGUGUCGGUGAGGCAGAGCACAUGGAAAAUGACUCCCGGCCCUUGCCUGACGUAGCCAUGACUGGCAAGUGCACUCGGGAAUGCGACGAGUACGGCCACUCGGACUCCUGCUGGAUGCCUGUGCGCACGUCGCCCGAGCGACGGCCAUCCAAGUCAACCACCAACCCCCAACAACCAAAGCUUUCCACUUUCAUGAGCGGCAGCGGCAGCGGCAGCAGCAGCGCCGAGCAGCCCGGCAGCCAAGAGACCCUCGCCAUGGCCGCCAUGGCCAACGGAGACCCCACCGCCGCUCACAUGAUGGGCGACCGCAAUCGCAACCUGCUCAACAAGAAGAUGGCCUCCUCCUCCUCCUCCUAUGAGGCCUUUGGCUCGCCUUCCUACGGCUCACCAGGAGGCGGGGAGGAGGCGCUGGGCCACCCCACCGAGGAGAUCCCUCUGGCACCUACUGGGGAGUACAAGCCCACAUCCUGUGGCACUCUGACGCGACGGGAGGUUUACCUGUGA